AUGCAGGAAAUUUGUCGAGAGGAUAUUGUGGAAACAGUUAAAAGUUCUCAUUUCGAAGAAGAUAAAGACACAAGCAGUGAAAAAAAUCUAGCUAUAGAGAAGUUUAUAUCAGUUCGGAGAGAUUUAUUCGACUCGUCAGUUUCUGAGGAUUCCGUGAUCAAAAACGAAAUAUCAGAACCAGAAGCCAAGUCAAAAGUCAACAGUUUAAAAAAUCUAGACUGUGACAAAACAGUGAAAUGUGUUAAUGGUAUUACCGUUUAUCAAUGUCUUAAAUGUCCAAAAUCAUUUAACAAAUGGAAGAAUCUAUACCUACAUAAUCGGCUACAUAACAAAAAUUACUGUUGUCCAAUAGUCGAAUGCGGUAAAAAAUUUGCGACAAAAGGCGACUUAGAAAAACACAUAAGAACUCACACAGGAGAAAAACCGUAUCAGUGCGAUCAGUGUGACAAAAGCUUUGCUCAGCGAGGAACGUUAAAGAGUCAUAAAGAAAGUGUGCAUAGUGAAGAAGCUUUGAAGAAAUGUGCGAGUAAUGAUACCUAG